CACCCUUGUGUUGUGUUUAGGGUUUUUAUCAGUCUACCCUAAACUUUGCAGGAGCUUGUGGACUCUGUUGAAUCACAUCUCAUGGAAUCGCAGUCUCAAUUCGAACCUCCCUCGCAAAACCCACUUCAAAACUCGUCCGAAACCCUAGUUUCGAAUAAUCAGAAUUCCUACGAUCAACAAACCCUAGAUUCGUAUGGGCAAAGAAAAUUAGAAGCCCUAGAGAAAUCACUCGAUUCGAAUGACCAUACUCGAGAGAUUUUAGGUUCAGAUUAUCAGAAUCAGAAUUUGAUGCCGAAAACCCUAGGUUCGGAUGCAAGUUCUGCUCAAGCCCUGGCUUCUGAUAAUCAAAAGCUUGAAAACGGGUGUGUUGGGGGUACUCAGAUUGAUAAUUCCUCGAAACCUGAAAUUCACAAGACAUUGUUGUCUGAAAAUGGUUUAACCAACACACACAGUGGCACAGACAGAGACUACUCAGGAGGGGAAGAGGAAACAACCAGUAGGCGUAGGUGGCGAAGCCGGUGGGAUCCUCCUCCGAGCGAAUCAAAUGAAGGGGCUGGCAGCGACGGCGGUGGGACUGGCAGGAAGAGGAAGUCCCGGUGGGCUGACGAUGAUCCGAAGCCGGUAAUUCAGCUUCCUGAUUUCAUGAAAGAUUUCACUGGAGGUAUUGAGUUUGACCCUGAAAUUCAAUCACUUAAUAGUAGGCUUCUUGAGAUUAGUAGAAAAUUGCAAUCUGGGUUACCUUUAGAUGACCGGCCUGAAGGUGCUCGGUCACCUUCGCCCGAACCCGUAUAUGAUAACAUGGGAAUACGAAUUAACACUAGGGAAUAUCGUGCCCGUGAAAGAUUGAAUAGAGAGAGACAAGAAAUUAUUUCACAAAUAAUUAAAAAGAACCCUGCAUUUAAGCCCCCAGCUGAUUACCGGCCUCCGAAACUUCAUAAGAAACUUUACAUACCAAUGAAAGAAUACCCGGGUUAUAAUUUUAUAGGACUUAUUAUUGGGCCUAGGGGGAAUACACAGAAGAGAAUGGAAAGAGAGACUGGAGCAAAAAUUGUGAUCCGGGGUAAAGGGUCGGUGAAAGAAGGUAGGUUGCAACAAAAGAAGGAUUUGAAACCAGACCCUUCAGAGAAUGAGGAUUUACAUGUCUUGGUGGAAGCUGAGACACAGGAAUCCCUCGAAGCUGCAGCAGGCAUGGUGGAGAAGCUCUUACAGCCCGUUGAUGAAGUUCUCAAUGAGCACAAGAGGCAACAGCUCAGGGAACUUGCUGCUUUGAACGGAACUAUAAGAGAUGAGGAGUAUUGUAGAUUAUGUGGUGAGCCAGGCCACAGACAAUUUGCUUGUCCUUCUCGUUUUUCAACUUUCAAGAGUGAUGUUCUUUGUAAAAUAUGUGGUGAUGGUGGACACCCAACUAUUGAUUGUCCGGUGAAAGGAACAACUGGAAAGAAAAUGGAUGAUGAAUAUCAGAACUUUUUGGCAGAGCUAGGAGGAACGAUCCCUGAUUCUGUAACCAAACAAAGCUCUGCAACACUGGCCCUUGGUUCGGGCAGCUCAGGAAGCAAUCCUCCUUGGGCAAGUGGUAACAGUGCUGGAGGUGUUGGUGGGACAACUCAGGCAGGCUUAGGGGCCAACGGAAUUAAGCCUGCAAAGGAAUAUGAUGAUACAAAUUUAUACAUCGGCUACUUGCCACCUACUCUUGACGAUGGUGGUUUGAUCAGAUUGUUUUCACCUUAUGGUGAUAUAGUGGUGGCGAAGGUUAUUAAGGACCGAGUUACGGGAUUGAGCAAGGGUUAUGGUUUUGUGAAGUAUUCUGAUAUGCAACAGGCCAUUAAUGCUAUUACUAGUAUGAAUGGUCAUCAUCUAGAUGGAAGAACGAUAGCUGUGAGAGUUGCUGGUAAGCCCCCCCAGCCUGCUGUCCUUCCGGGCCCUCCCACUCCGGUUUUGCCUAUUCAUCCUGCUCCCAACCAGGCUGUUGGUGCCUAUCCAUCACAGCAGUUUACGCAAGGUGGUUCCAUUGGAAAUACACCUCCUGGGAGUUAUGCUGUCUCUCCAGUUCCAUGGGGACCACCUGUACCUCCUCCUUAUGCUCCUUUCCUUCCUCCGGGGUCAACCAUGUAUACUCCUGUCCCUGGUCAACCUGUGCCUCCUUAUGGAGUACAGUAUCCUCCAACAAUGACAGUUUCUUCUGGUGCCCCAUCACAGACCGUGCCUUCUGGUGAAGCACAACAAAGUUACCCACCUGGAAUUCAAUCUCAAAGUACCACACCUGUUCAAACUGCUCCUGCCAAUAUCUAUGGGAACUCUGUAGCUGUGGUGCCCCCAACUGUUCAACCUGUGUACCCAACUUCUUUUGGUUACCCAUCUUACUAUGGUGUAACCCCUCAACAACCACCUCCUCCUCCUGUCUCUCAACCAGCAGUGGACCAUUCACAGAAAAUUGGAAAUGUGCCCUGGGCCACAAAUCCUCCUAUGCCUCCUCCUGUUUCAUCUGAUGAGAAGGCAACCUAUGGUACAGAUGCAGAGUAUGAGAAAUUCAUGGCCGAGAUGAAAUAGUGUGGCUUUGUCAGUACCACAUCUGGGUUUACAGGCUUUCUUGGAGCACUAGUGAACCUGAUUACUUACCUCUUGCCAUGACUUCUUGUUGGAAGUUUGGGACUCACAUCUUUAACCUUGCUGUACUGUUAUUACAAUUUGCAGAGACAUGGCU